UAGUGACGGGGCUAGGCAACACCAGCAGACACGAUAAGCUCCAGUGGUUGGCCCCCUCGCUUCUCCACUUUCUGGGCCCUCCAUGCCAUGUGCAGCUAGCUGAAGCUGCAGCGGCCAAGAAGCAGCCGAUGGAAUGAGGCUCGCGGCAACCAAGCCUUCCUGCUUCCUUGCCAAGCACCAGCAGCAGCAGCACCAGCCGAUCCCCACACGGUGGGCACGAGUUGCAGCAGCAGCUGCUGAGCCAUGCAGCUGCACGCAAGCCAAGAAGAGCCGUGGCAACCGGGCAUGGAGAAUUGCAGUGGCAAGCAGCGACGCCGAGGCUGAAGGCGAGGACGAUCCCGAGGCGGGCCAGCUCGCGUCAACAAGGACGAGGCGAGCAGGAAGGCGGGCCCGGCUGUCGGCGAGGCGACGGGAGAGCGUCCGACUGCCGGACGGGGUCUCCGGCGACGGCAUCGGCGCGUUCCUGCGGCACCCCGCCGGGGUGGAGUCCCUCCUCAACACCGGCGCGCUGCAGAGCUUCGCGCCGGCAGGGUCCGGCGCCGCGGCCGGCACGUUCACUUGCACGCUGCGCCGCAUCGGGCUCCUGGGGUUCGAGGUCUCGCCGGUGCUCGACCUCCGCGUCAACCCGACGGGCACCGACUGCACAGUCGAGAUGCUGUCAUGCAGGUUUGAGGGUUCAGAGUCAAUUGAGCAGCAGAAUGAACUCUUUUCAGCAUUUAUGAGGAACCAUAUAACAUGGGGCGACAAUGGCGAGGGGCCAUGCUUAGACUUCGAUGUCAAUUUGGAGGUCACUCUGGAGGUCUGCACCAAGCCAUUCAGCUUGCUUCCAUUGUCUGCGGUGGAGAAACCAGGCAACUUGCUGAUGCAAGGCUUACUGGACAGGCUUGUUCCAAUGCUGGGGGAGCAGAUGCUGAGAGACUACCAUUCCUGGGUUCAACAGGAGCCUGAAGCUUCUUCAUGAGUUAGAGGGAGACGACCAUCCUAUGACUUGAGCACUACGACGGUCAGAUGGCGUCAAAUUCAGAGCUCCGGGAGAGAGUUGUGGGGAUCCAUGUUGGGAUGGUUCACGGGGAAAUUGGUUGCUGAUGUAUACAAUACACUUGAUGAAGGAUUUAGCAAUGUUCGAAUAUAUGAGAAUUUCUGAA